UAGAAACCGGGAAUAUUUUUCAUUAAAAAAAAGAAAAUAAUUAGAAAAUAGAAAGUGAAGAAAGAAAAAGGAACAGAGUAGCAGAGUGUCAUUUUGCCGUUUCUCUUUCUUCCGAUUCCAACAGACCAAUCAGGUUGUCGGUGAUGCAAUUGUUGUUGGUUUUGUGCUAAGAGAAGAAGCUGUUGGGAAGGUUUCUUUCGUCUUGUGAUGAUGAUGUCACACAACUUAACGGGGCAGCUUGUAGGUGCAGAGAUACAUGGCUUUCACACGUUGGAUGAUUUGGAUGUUAGUAAUACUAUGGAGGAAGCAAAAAGCAGAUGGCUUCGUCCCAAUGAGAUUCAUGCCAUACUCUGUAAUCACAAAUAUUUCAAGAUCAAUGCCAAGCCAGUAAAUUUGCCCAAAAGUGGUACUAUUGUACUAUUUGACCGCAAGAUGCUUAGGAACUUCAGAAAAGAUGGGCACAAUUGGAAAAAGAAAACCGAUGGAAAAACUGUUAAAGAAGCCCAUGAACACUUAAAAGUUGGCAAUGAAGAAAGGAUCCACGUAUAUUAUGCACAUGGCCAGGAUAAACCAACCUUUGUUCGUAGAUGUUAUUGGUUGCUUGAUAAGAGUCUGGAGCAUAUAGUCCUUGUUCAUUAUCGUGACACACAAGAGUUACAAUUGCAAGGUUCUCCUGCUACACCUGUAAAUUCAAAUUCAAGUUCUGUCUCUGAUUCAGCUGCAUCUUGGAUUCCAUCAGAUGACUUGGAUUCUGGGGUGAAAAGUGCAUAUGCUGUUGAGCUUAAUGACAGUUUAACUGCCAAAAGUCAUGAGCAGAGGCUUCAUGAGAUUAAUACACUUGAAUGGGAUGACCUAGUGGUUUCAAAUGCCAACACUUCUACUACAUCUAAUGGAGGCAAUGUUCCAUAUUCAUUUCAACAAAAUCAAAGUUUACUGAAUGGAAGCUUUGGCAAUGUAUCCAGUGAUCCUUCAGCAGAAAUUCCUUCUUUUGGUAAUUUAACUCAGCUAGUUUCUGGGAGCGAUAGUGCUCCUUAUAGUUUCCCAGAAAGUGCUGAUCUUUUGAAAAGUAGUCCUUUAUCUUCGGGUGGUGUUGACACCUUGGGCACUUUGGUCAACGAAGGCUUGCAAAGUCAGGACAGCUUUGGAACAUGGAUGAACAUCAUGUCGGAUACACCAUGUUCCAUAGAUGAAUCAGCUCUUGAAGCAACAACUUCUUCUGUUCAUGUACCAUAUUCAUCACUGGUGGCAGAUAAUAAGCAAUCUUCUCUGCCAGAACAAGUAUUUAAUCUCACUGAGGUGUCCCCUGUGUGGGCAUCUUCCACCGAGAAAACAAAGGUCCUGGUAACUGGAUAUUUUCAUAAUAACUAUCAACACCUUGCAAAGUCCAACCUACUGUGUGUCUGUGGUGAUGUAAGUGUUCCUGUAGAAAUUGUUCAGGUUGGAGUUUACCGGUGCUGGGUAUCACCACACUCUCCUGGAUUGGUCACUCUCUAUUUGAGCUUUGAUGGCCAUAAGCCCAUCAGCAAAGUUGUUAAUUUUGAGUAUCGUACUCCUAUUUUGCAUGAGCCAACUGCUUUAAUAGAAGAGAAAUACAACUGGGAUGAGUUUCGACUUCAGAUGAGGCUUGCUCAUUUGCUCUUUGCUUCAGACAAGAGCCUUAACAUUUUCUCAAGUAAAGUAUCAACUAAUGCUCUGAAAGAGGCUAGAAGAUUUUCCUUCAAAACAUCAUAUAUCUCUAAAAGUUGGCAACACUUGAUGAAGUCAAUUGAUGACAAAACAAUUCCAUUUUCACAAGUAAAAGAUGCCUUGUUUGAAACUUCAUUGAAAAACAAAUUAAAGGAAUGGCUUUUGGAACGAAUUAUCUUAGGCAGCAAGAGUACUGAAUAUGAUGCACAAGGGCAAGCUGCAAUUCAUUUGUGUGCAAUGCUGGGAUAUAAUUGGGCAAUUUCCUUAUUUACAUGGUCGGGCUUGUCGCUGGAUUUCCGUGACAAAUUUGGAUGGACUGCUCUUCAUUGGGCAGCAUAUUAUGGAAUAGAGAAAAUGGUUGCAACUUUGUUAUCUUGUGGGGCAAGGCCAAACUUGGUCACAGAUCCAACUCCACAAUAUCCAGGUGGAUGUACUGCUGCUGAUCUUGCUUAUGUGAAGGGAUGUGAUGGCUUAGCUGCUUACCUUUCUGAGAAGUCUCUGGUUGAGCAGUUCAAUGACAUGAGCUUGGCUGGAAAUAUCAGUGGCUCACUGGAAACUAGCUCAACUGAUCCAGUAAAUGCUGCGAACCUUACCGAGGACCAACUUUACCUAAAGGAGACUUUGGAAGCUUACCGUACAGCUGCCGAGGCAGCAGCACGUAUUCAAGCUGCAUUUAGGGAGCAUUCAUUUAAAUUACGAUAUCAAGCAGUUGAAAUUAUGAGCCCAGAGGAAGAAGCACGUCAGAUAGUAGCAGCAAUGAGGAUUCAACAUGCCUUUCGCAACUAUGAGUCAAAGAAAAAGAUGGCAGCCGCUGCUCGGAUUCAGCUUAGAUUCCGUACAUGGAAGUACCGUAGAGAAUUUCUCAAUAUGCGGCGUCAGGCUAUCAAAAUUCAAGCUGCUUUCAGGGGCUUUCAAGCACGGAAGCAAUAUCGGAAAAUCGUAUGGUCUGUUGGCGUGCUUGAGAAAGUGAUCCUGCGUUGGCUUUUAAAGAGAAAAGGCUUCCGUGGUCUCCAGGUUAAUCCUGCCGAGGAGGAGACACAGGAAAGUGAUACAAUUGCAGAGGAGGAUUUCUUUCGCACCAGCCGGAAACAAGCCGAAGAACGUGUUGAGAGGUCUGUCAUACGUGUGCAGGCCAUGUUCCGUUCUAAGAAAGCACAAGAAGAAUAUAGAAGGAUGAAGCUGACACAUAAUCAAGCAAUGCUGGAUGAAUUAGAAGAAUUCCUAAAUUCUGAAGAUGACAUGUUACCCAAGACAUAGCUUGGUGCCUUUUCCAAAACAAGGUUUCCCCAUAUUUGGGAUGUAGCCAACUCCUGUGACAAACUAGUGUGUAGUGAUAGCUUGGUGUCUUCUUUUGUAUAGGAAGCAGAUCCUGUAAAUUACCUAGUGUAGAUUUUGAACCCAUGACCCUUUCAUAUUGCUUUAAUGUCUUGAAUGGGUCGUCCGUGUGUAAUUAAGCUUCCCUAUGAGGGAUGCUUCUAAUGCAAGAUCAAGUUUGUAACUUUGUUUUUGGUGAAAAAUCAAGUUUGUAACUUAAAUAACAAGCCUUCUUAGAUUUGAAUUGACAUAAUUGUUGUUGGAACUCUUCUAUGUAAUAAAUUAAGAGUCCAUUAUAUGAUGAUUGUUGGGUUUAUAUUUUA